AUGGUGAACGUAACGAAAGGAGUUUUAGUCGAAUGUGAUCCUGCUAUGAAACAAUUCCUCUUACAUUUGGAUGAGAAAAAUGCUUUGGGACGAAAAUUUGUAAUUCAAGAUCUUGACGAUACGCAUCUGUUCAUUUCCAGUGACAUUAUUGAGAUUUUACAGACCAGAAUUGAUGACUUGAUGGACAAAUUGUCUUUUCCACUGGCAGAAAAAUAA